UGAAUAAAAACAGCAACAACAGACAGGGAGGAGGGGAGAAAAGCAAAGUGAUCCAUUGAAACUAAGCGUUGCCGUCGUUUAAUCCAAUAUUGUUCUCCUACCCCCAAACCCCCCCCCCCUCCCCCACCCCACACCGCCACUGCUCAACUUGUGUUAAUUAGGUAGCAGAGAAUAAAACCAGCUCAUCUGGAGAGGAGUGGUGCAUUUGGGAGCGAGAUGGCUAACGGAAAGGUUCGGCUGCUCCUCCAUGGACUCUUCCUCGUAGCAGUGAUUCAGCCCUCUCUGCAAGGAGGCGGGUAUAUACCACCUGGUGCAGGGACAGGCACUGGACCAGGAGCUGGUUUUUUUCCAGGUAGUUAUGGAGUUGGAGGGCAAGGCAGAGGACCAGGAGGUCUGGUGCCAGGAGGCGUUGGCCAGACUGGAUUAGGCAUUGGAGGACUCGGAGCAGGACAAGGUGGUAAAGGACCUAAACCAGGUUAUGGUAACCUUGGAACUGGGGGUCUCGGAGGUGGCAAUUAUGGAGCUGGAGGCCUAGGCGGGGGUGGUUAUGGAGGAUAUGGUGGAGUCCCGGGCGGAUUCUUCCCAGGAGCUGGACAGAAGGCUGGUAAAAGAGGUGCUGGAGGCCAUCUGCUACCAUUUGGAGGAGCAGGAACUGGAACAGGAACCCUUCCUGCUGGAGGCCCUGUUAUCCCCCAGACAGGCUUUCCAGGAGGGGCUGGUCCUGGAUCAGGAAAGAAAGCUUCCAAAGUACCAGGUGUGGGUGUACCAGGGCUUUAUCAAGGUGGACUGGUACCAGUGAAUGGUUUUGGUAACCGCGGAGUUCUUCCAGGAGUUGCCACUGGCAACGGCCUCAGUCAAAAAUCACUUGGAGCAGGAGGGCAGGGUGGUGCAGGACCAGGCUAUGGUGGGCAGAUGCAGCCUGGAGUGUUCCAUGGCUACCCUCUGAAAUCACCCAAAACACAAGGUGGCCAUGGAGCAAAACCUGGAGGUGGAAAACUUCCUUUUGGCUAUGGGGGGUUCGGUAAUCAAGGAGCUGGACUUCCAGGAGGUAAAGCUGGCCCUGGAUCAAAGCCUGGAUUUCCUAUUGGAACUGGAGUUGGCACUGGUGGCCUCUCACCUGGACAGGCAAAAUCUGCCCAAUACGGUUUGGGUGGUCUUGGUGGAAUUGGUGCUAUUGCUGGUGGUUUUGGUCCCGGUGCAGGUGGUUUUGGCGGUGUCGGUGGCACAGGUGGACUAUAUCCAGGGCAGAUACCAGGAGGUGGCUAUGGACCUGGAUCCAAAGCUGCUAAAUAUGGUGGUGUGCCUGGUGGAGUGCCAGGUGCCAUACCAGGUGGCGUUCCUGGUGGCGUACCAAGUGGUGUGCCAGGUGGUGUUCCUGGUGGCUUUCCUGGUGGAGUACCUGGUGGCAUUCCAGGUGGUGGAUAUUUACCAUCAGCCAAAGCAGCUAAAUAUGGUGGUGUACCAGGGGGUGUACCAGGGGGUGUUCCAGGGGGAGUACCAGGCGGCGUACCAGGGGGUGUACCAGGUGGUGUACAAGGAUUUGGUGGACCUCUACCAGCAGCCAAAGCAGCUAAAUAUGGUGGUGUACCAGGUGGUGUGCCAGGGGGUGUGCCGGGUGGGGUACCAGGGUUUAUACCAGGCGGUGUGCCCGGUGGUGUACCAGGAUUUGGUGGUCAACCAGCAGCCAAAGCAGCUAAAUAUGGCAGUGUACCAGGUGGAGUACCAGGGGGCAUACCGGGGCGUGUACCAGGUGGACUACCAGGUGGCGUACCAGGCGGAGUACCAGGCGGUGUGCCCGGUGGUGUAGCAGGAUUUGGUGGAUAUCAACCAGGAGCCAAAGCAGCUAAAUAUGGUGGCGUACCAGGUGGUGUUCCUGGUGGUGUACCAGGUGGCGUUCCUGGUGGUGUACCUGGUGGCGUUCCUGGUGGCGGACCAGGUGGCGUACCGGGUGGCUUUCCAGGUGGUGGAUAUUUACCAUCAGCCAAAGCAACUAAAUAUGGUGGCGUUCCUGGUGGUGUUCCUGGUGGUGUACCAGGUGGCGUUCCUGGUGGUGUACCAGGUGGCGUUCCUGGUGGCGUACCAGGUGGUGUACCGGGUGGCGUACCAGGUGGCUUUCCAGGUGGUGGAUAUUUACCAUCAGCCAAAGCAGCUAAAUAUGGUAUAGCAGGUACCGUACAAGGUGGCGUUCCUGGUGGUGUCCCAGGUGGCGUUCCUGGUGGCAUACCUGGUGGUGUACCGGGUGGCUUUCCAAGUGGUGGAUAUUUACCAUCAGCUACAGCAGCUAAAUAUGGUGGUGUACCAGGUGGCGUUCCUGGUGGUGUACCAGGUGGUGUUCCUGGUGGUGUCCCAGGUGGCGUUCCUGGUGGCAUACCGGGUGGCGUACUGGGUGGCGUUCCAGGUGGUGGAUAUUUACCAUCAGCCAAAGCAGCUAAAUAUGGUGGUGUACCAGGUGGCGUACCAGGUGGCGUUCUUGGUGGUGUACCAGGUGGCGUUCCUGGUGGUGUACCAGGUGGUAUUCCUGGUGGUGUACCAGGUGGCGUACCUGGUGGUGUACCGGGUGGCGUUCUGGGUGGCGUUCCGGGUGGUGGAUAUUUACCAUCAGCUAAAUACGGAGGUGUACCAGGUGGUGUACCAGGUGGUCUACCAGCUGGUGUACCUGGUGGUGUACCAGGUGGCGUUCCAGGUGGUGGAUAUUUACCAUCAGCCAAAGCAGCUAAAUAUGGAGGUGUACCAGGUGGUGUACCAGGUGGCGUACCAGGUGGCGUACCAGGUGGCGUACCUGGUGGCGUACCAGGUGGCGUACCAGGUGGCGUACCUGGUGGCGUACCUGGUGGUGGAUAUUUACCAUCGACUAAAGCAGCUAAAUAUGGAGGUGUACCCGGCGGUGUACCAGGAGGGGUGCCAGGUGGUGUGCCAGGCGGUGUGCCCGGAGGAGCACCAUUUGCAGUGCCAGGAGGAGUUCCGAGAUUUCCAUGGACCGGAGGAGCAGGAGCAGGGUUCGGAACAGGAGCAGGGUUCGGAACAGGAGGACUGGGAGGAACAGGAUUGGGAGGAGUACCUGGUUUGGUGCCAGGAGGAGGUGGAGGUGGACAGUACUCCCCUGCUGCAAAAGCUGCAAAAUAUGGAGGAGCUGGAGCAGGGUUUGGAGGUGCAGGAGGACUGGGGGGAACAGGUGGAGCAAUAGGAGGGGUACCAGGUUUUGUCCCAGGAAGAGUUGGAGGCGGACAAUUGUCUCCUGCUGCAAAAGCUGCUAAAUAUGGAGGAGCAGGAGCAGGGUUGGGAACAGGAAGCCUGGGAGGAACAGGAGUAGGUGGAGUGCCUGGUUUGGUGCCAGGAGGAGUUGGAGGUGGACAAUACUCUGCUGCUGCAAAGGCUGCCAAAUAUGGAGGAACAGGAGCAGGGUUGGGAACAGGAGGACUGGGAGGAACAGGAGUAGGAGGAUUACCUGGUUUAGUGCCAGGAGGAGUUGGAGGUUCUCAAUACUCUGCUGCUGCAAAAUCUGACAGAUAUGGAGGAGCACGAGCAGGGUUGGGAGCAGGAGACCCGCGGGGACUGGGAGCAACAUUCGGAGGAGUGCCUGGUUUGGUACCAGGAGGAGUUGGAGGAGGACAAUAUGCUGCUGCUGCUGCUGCUGCUGCAAAAGCUGCUAAAUAUGGCGUUAGAGGGGGAGUAGGAGCAGGGUUAGGAGCCGGAGGUCUGGGAGGAGCAGGAAUUGGAGUCGGAAGAGUACCUGGUCUGUUACCAGGAGGUGUUGGAGGUGGACAAUACUCUCCUGCUGCAAAGGCUGCCAAAUAUGGAGGAGCAGGUUUAGGAACAGGAGGACUGGGAGGUACAGGUGGACAAGUACCAGGUUUUGUACCCGGAGGGAUUGGAGAUGGACAAUACUCUGCUGCUGCAAAAGCUGCCAAAUAUGGAGGAGCAGGCACUGCGUUAGGAACAGGAGGACUGGGAGGAACAGGAGUGCAAGUACCUGGUUUUCUACCAGGAGGAGUUGGAGGUGGUCAAUACUCUGCUGCUGCAAAAGCUGCUAAAUAUGGAGGAGCAGGAGCAGGGUUAGGAAUGGGAGGCCUGAGGGGAACAGGAGUAGGAGGAGUUCCUGGUUUGGUACCAGGAGAAGGACAAUAUUAUGCUGCUGCUGCUGCUGCUGCUGCUGCUGCAAAAGCUGCCAAAUACGGAGCAGGAGCAGGAUUAGGAACAGGAGGAUUUGGAGGAACAGGAGUAGGAGGAGUGCCUGGUUUGGUACCAGGAGGAGCUGGAGGUGCUCAAUACUCUGCUGCUGCAAAAGCUGACAAAUAUGGGGUUUCAACAGGAGGUGGAGCAGGAAUUGGAGCAGCAACAGGAGCAAGAGGAGUAGGGCCAGGAGCAGUUGGAGGUGAUCAAUACUCUGGUGCUCCAAAAGCUGCAAAAUAUGGCGACAUUUCUGGAGUGGGUCUUGGAGUGCCGGGAGCGACACCACUUACUGCAGUUAGCGGCCUUCCUGAUGGUUCUGCUGUUGCUGUUCCAGGUGGCACCGGCGUUACUGUUGCUGGAAAGCCAUCAAAGGAUGUAGGUCCUUCUGGAACUCCUGGUCCAGGGCCCACACCUAUUGCCACAAAUAGCAAGGCCACAGAGCUACCACAGCCCACUGGUACAAAAGGUCAAAGCCCGACUGGUGCUGGAACAGGUGUUGGUCCAAGCGGAGUUGGUUACCCUUAUGGAGUUCCUUAUGGGGCUGGAACUGGUAUUGGAACUGGAACUGAAACAGGAGAUGCAGUGCUGCCUGGUGCAAAGCCCUUGAUACCUCCCAGCUUUGGGGGAGCAGGAGGUGGAGCAGGAAUCCCCCUGGCAGCAGGAGGCUAUCAAGGUGGGUUUCCUUAUCCUGCUGCAGUCGGAGUGGGUGGUGCUGGAGGAGGAGCUAAAGCACCAAAACCAGGCUAUGGAAAUCUUGGAGGUGGUGGUGGCUAUCAGCCUCAGCCAGGUGGAUAUGUCCCAGCCCCACUGACCCCUCAACAAGCCAAAGCAGCCAAGUACAUUGGGAAUCCAUUGCAAGGCUUCCUGGGUGGUGGAGGAGGAGGAGCCUAUGGAGCAGCAGGAGCGUGCCAGGGCAGAUACUGCGGCAGGAGGAAGUAAAUGUCCUCCUGAUGUGUGAUGUGGCCUGAAGAAAACCAUGGUGCUACUGCAUGAACUAGAAUGUACAUUUUAGAACACAAACAUCCAAUGUUGUUUUUACUUACUUGACUUCGUCUGCUCUUAUGCAAACCCACCGACCAAGAGUUUUGUACUACCCCCCCCCGAUGUGGCAUUUAUUACUGACUGUGCCUUCGAUCAUAAAUGUGUGAACGUAACUCGGCUUUAAAGCAUCCUUCUAUGCACCAGUGAACUUCAAAUAUAACAUAUGUCAGCUCAUGCUCAUUCGUAUACAAACAGUUAUGCGUCCUUCAUGUGGCUUGGACAUAUGGUGACAGGGCGAAGAGUCCUUGCAAAGGUGGUCUGCCAAUGUGACCUGCGCAGGACGCUGAAGCACUCCGUUUUCAAUCGUAAUGCAAAGCGAGCUGAAAUGUUGCAGCACACCACCUCUCUGACCUGUGAGAAGGCUGCUUUUUGUGGCCAAAUCACAGCAUUGUCUCGGACCCUCCUCCUUCUUCCUCGCUGCUAUUUUUAGCCCCAAUGGGUAUAAAGUAGUGGCAAAUCGGACUCCACCCAGCCCAUCUGUUCUCAUUAACUUUUUUUGCUGAUUCUACUGUAUAUGCCCAAGCAUUUCCAAUUUUGACAAAUGCUUUAUUGAGAUCAGUCUCUAAAACAGUGUUACCAUUUAUACUUUUAUUCCUCCAGUGUAUAUCUGGAAAGUUUGCAUAUUUGUGCAUCUGCUUCGUGAUCCUUUUCCCCCAAGCAUCAUUUCAGGAGUUAUUUACAUUUAUGUAAAAACAUUCAUUCAAGCUAACUCAUAUCUUACUGCAUUUUCACACAAUUAUAUUAACAAUCAGACCUGUCCCUUUGCAUUUAUUAAUUAAUUGUAGUUCAGAAUAACUUUUAUUUUAUGGGUGUAUCCAAGCCCCAUUGUUCAUUUACUUGAGCUUCUUUAGAGGACAAAAAAAAAAGUGGAAAAAGCCUAACUGACCAAAGGUUCAUGGGUGCUGUUGCCAAGUGACCCCUUUUUCUUUCUGUAAUUGUGUACUGUAUUUUGUACUAAUAUGAAAGUUGCUGGCAUUGGUUCAUCCACUCUGAGCUGUAUGAGAACAGUCUUUGAACUUCACUGGGUCAGACAUGUGCCGUGGGAUACACUUCAUCUUUAUUUAAAACUAUUUCUAUAAGGAGGAACUUUGUGGUUUUGCACUUUUUUUUUAAUGUUUCGACACAUACAUGCACACACACAUCACUUAAUAUAUCCUGCCAUUGCAUUUGCUUCUUCAAAUACAUAAAUAAAAUGUGUUAAAAACA